GAGAGAGAGAGAGAGAGAGACAGGGAGAGAGAGACAGGGAGAGAGAGAUGGACGCAUGGGCUCAGAGCUCUGCCUGAACCUCGCCCUCAGACUGCAGUUGCCGGGAGCCUGUCCUGAUCACUUUGGGGUAGCUGUGAGUGGACUUGGCUGCUAAAUCAGAGGCUCAGCUCCAAUGCUUCUGGAGUACAAGCUCCUAAGAGGGGCCCCCGGCAGCAGCGGUGGCAGCGCUGAUUCCACGGGGGAUGCCAAGGACCACACCCACAUUUUCCAGUUUGUGCUGCCUGUGGGCCCAACACCUCCAGGACCAUGUUUGAUGGGGAGCCAGGCACAGGCCCAGCAGCAUCCUCACGGAAUGUGAUACGCAGCUCCAGCAUCAGCGGUGAGGUGUUUGGUGGUGGCGGGGAGCAGACCGGGGGCACAGCUGGGGCCAGCACUGCCAAGAAGCGCCGCAGCAGUCUGGGGGCCAAGAUGGCGGCCAUCGUGGGCUUGACCCAGAGAAGCCGGAGCUCCCUACAGCUACCCCAGCCAGAAGGUGGAACCAAGAAACUACCAAGCAACAUCAGGCGGAGCACGGAGACAGGAAUCGCUGUGGAGAUGAGAAGCAGGGUCACACGGCAGGGGAGCCGAGAGUCCACCGAUGGCAGCACCAACAGCAACAGCUCCGAGGGCACGUUCAUCUUCCCUACUGCCAGACUUGGAGCUGAGAGCCAAUUCAGUGACUUCCUGGAUGGCCUGGGGCCAGCCCAGAUUGUGGGGAGACAGACACUGGGGACACCCCCGAUGGGGGAUGUUCACAUUGCAAUGAUGGACCGGAGUGGUCAGCUGGAGGUGGAAGUGAUUGAGGCCCGAGGCCUUACCCCCAAACUGGGCUCUAAGUCCCUCCCAGCCACCUACAUCAAGGUUUACCUGCUCGAGAAUGGAGCCUGCUUGGCCAAGAAGAAGACGAGGGUGGCUAAGAAGACGUGUGAUCCCUUGUACCGUCAGGCCCUGCUGUUCGAUGAGGGGCCCCAGGGAAAGGUGUUACAGGUGAUUGUCUGGGGAGACUAUGGGCGCAUGGACCACAAGUGUUUCAUGGGAAUGGCCCAGAUCGUGCUGGAGGAGCUGGACUUGAGCAACGUGGUCAGUGGCUGGUACAAACUCUUCCCCACGUCUUCUGUGGCCGACUCCACCUUGGGGCCCCUCACCCGGCGUCUCUCCCAAUCUUCCCUUGAGAGCUCAACCAGCCCCUCCUGCUCCUAGGAAUAUGGGGACCUGGACCCCAGGAAGGCAAGGUCGGCGACGGCAGGCCGGGAUGUGUGUGUGGGGAGGGAUGUGGGUCAGCCUCCUCGCCCCCCCUCCCCCAGGUGGCUCACUGUACAUAGCAUCUCACCAUCUCCUCCUAGAACAACUUACUCAUGCUCUGUUGGCCCACAGAUUUUCCUGUCUGGGCCAUCUCAGCAGGCAGGAGAAGACUCCUCUGUGUGUGUGUGUGUGUGUGUGUGUGUGUGUGUACAUUUCUGGGUAUAUAUGUGUGUGUAC